AUGAGAGUUGAAACAAAAGAACAUUGCGGGCGGCGGCGGGUGGUGCGCGCGGGGCACUUCCUGUCGCCGCAAGAACAAUACGGUGUGGCAACGUCGCCGUCGCAAUUUGGCUCGCGCGAGUUGGCAUCCACUUUCGAAAAAACACGAGUUGCUAAAAAACCGACAGAACCGAGUCACGCUCGUGGUGAUUCUAAUGUGCAGAAGUUUUAUGAUAAUGCUGUAGUGUUCAUCACUGGCGGAUCAGGAUUCAUUGGCAAACAGCUAAUCGAAAAACUUCUAAGGUCAUGUAAUAUAAUGAAAAUCUAUGUUUUAUUACGAGUGAAGAAGAAUAAAACGAUUGAAGAGAGACUGAAGGCUCUUCUGGACGAUCCGGUGUAUGACGACCUUCAUAAGGAACAACCUAACUUCGUGCAUAAAAUAGUUCCAAUAGAAGGUGAUAUUGAGUCUCUGAAGUUGGGAAUUGAUGACGAGAGUUGGAAAACACUUGCCGAGGAGGUUAAUGUAAUAAUCCACGCCGCUGCUACGGUAAAUUUCAACGAAACAGUUAAAAAGGCUACUUUAACCAACGUUCGGGGAGCAAGAGAAGUACUAAAAUUAGCGGAAAUAUGCAAGCAAUUAAAAUCUCUAGUGCACUUGUCAACAGCUUACUCGCACGCUACAAUAAGUCGUGUCGGAAAAGAGGUUGAAGAAGACUUCUACGAAAGUCCAAUAUCACCAGACAUCUUGAUAGAACUGGCUGAAACAAUGGACAAUGAGGUUCUUACCGCUAUGAUAACUCCACUCACGAAGGACUGGCCUAAUACUUACACAUUAACAAAAGCAGUCGCGGAAGAGCUCAUAAGAGUCCAGGGAAUAGGACUGCCUGUCUGCAUUGUUCGACCAGCUUGUGUGAUAGCAUCUUACAGAGAACCAUGUCCCGGUUGGGUUGACGUCAGAAAUGUGUAUGGACCUAGUGGGCUUGUGCUUGGAGGUGGUCUAGGUGUUCUGCAUACUUUGCUGGUGAAAAAUAGUGUUAAUGUAGAUUUUGUACCAGUUGACAUUGUUAACAAUAUCAUCAUUGUGGCGGCUUACGAGACGCAAAGUAAAUACGUUUCAGGCAAAUGUCAAAUAAAUAUUUAUGUUGCAACUAAAUCUAGAACUCCAGCUCCUAUCGGUGUUUUAAGCUCAGCUCUGCGUAAUGAAGCGAUGAACAUCGUUACGAGUAAAGCUAUUUGGUACUGUUUCGCAAUUGCGACGCCCUACAAGUUCAUUUAUCGAAUACUAACGUGGAUCUUGCAUUACAUUCCUGCUGUCAUGGUCGAUGGAAUCUGCAGGUUAUUUGGACAGAAACCAAGAUUACUCCAAGUGUACAAAAAGGUGUCCUCACUGUCAUCGGCUCUCCAGUACUUCCUUAAUAAUGACUGGGUAUUUCAAGACACUAACACCCUCAGCAUGUCCAACAGCUUGUCACAGACGGACAAAUUGAUUUACAAUUGUGACUUAGCGUCUGUAAAUGCACGUGAACUAUAUUAUAUAUGGGCCUAUGGCAUAGGAAGAUUCAUCGUCAAAGAUGACGCCAAGCUAAGAAAGUACGCUCAAAGAAAGCAGACUGUUUUGAAAUACGUUCAUUAUCUAAUCUUACCUCUUUAUUUAUAUGCGUUGCUUAAAAUAGCAUUGAUGGUAGUAAAGAUUAUAUUACAUGUUACAAAAAUUGAUAGCUAUAUAUUUUAAAAUGUUCAAAAGAUGUACAUUGUGUUAGUAAAAUAAAACACAAACAAAUGUUCUUAAUGUUAAGUGGAGGCGGUUAUUUGUUUAAUAAACUGUGUUUCCUGUGUGUUAUUUCA